GAUUAUUCAGUAGCCAGUUAACACUCUAGUCACUCUAGUUCAUCAGUCGACACUCUAGCGCUCAAGAAAAAACUUCACGUAUCUAAAACUAACCAAUCAUGAAUAAGAUCAUUUUACUAUUACUGGUGGUUGUCGCACUGGUGGGAAGUGCAUUUGGAAGACCUCAACAUCAUGGCCAUCAUCACCAUCAUCAUCAUCAUCACCAUGAACAUAGACCCCACGGUGGCGGGUUUGGCGGAGCUCCUGGGAGCGGGUUUGGUGGAGCUCUUGGGGGCGGGUUCGGUGGAGCUCCUGGGGGCGGGUUCGGCGGUGCUCCUGGAGGAUUUCCUGGUGGAUUUCCUCUUGGUAGUGGCGGCUUCACAGGACCGCAAGGUGGUUUCGGUGGAGCCAAUGCUGCAGGAGCCGGGAACGGUGCCGUUAUUGGCAAUCAAGCCGUUGGAACAGGAACCGGAAUUGCUAACGUCGGGCCAGGUGGUUUUGGCAUUGGUUUGGGUGUUGGAGGAGCUGUGGCGACUCCAUUAGGAAACCUAGCCUUCGGCCAAGGUGAAAGUCUUUCAGUCGGCAAAUAAAAACAAAUCGUUUGUUGACUUCUCUAACGUCACUAACCAAUUUGUUGUCCAUUUAUCCGUCUGUGAAUACAACUGUCAAUUACUAUCAACCUGAGAGAGAGAGAACAUUUUUUGGUGAUCCUUUGAAGUUGAUGCGCAUGCAUGAACAAUUCCAACGAAUAUACAGAUGUUGUAUAAAUUACGUCUGCUGCACAACUGGUAGUAACUGUCAUUUAGCAAGAAGUCAGUUAAGCCCCCGGCUAAUUUUGCGCCCGCCCAUUAUAGUUUAGUUUGUUCCUAUAUACGUACUCAAUCGACUUUGCCUAGAAGGAUUAUUCACAAUGUUUUAGAACUUAAACUACAGUUGAAACUCGUUAGUUACAGCCAGUUGACGUACGACCUUCCCAGGGACAUAUCCAGCUGUAAACCAAUCCAAACAUAAACGAUGUUUAAGCAGACGAUUUUCAUUUUGGUGGUGGUUGCUAUGGUUGGAAGUGCGCUUGGAAGACCCCAGAGACCUCAGAGACCAAACAGACCCAUUGCUGGCGGUUUCUUACCUGGAGCAGGUGGUUUCGGAGGAGCGAACGCUGCUGGACUCGGCAGUGGUUCUGUCGUAGGGAACCAAGCCAUCGGACAAGGAACCGGAAUCGCUAACGCUGGACAAGGCGGAUUUGGUAUUGGUCUCGGUGUUGGUGGCGCUGUGGCCACUCCGCUUGGUAACCUAGCCUUCGGUCAAGGUGAAAGCAUUUCAGUCGGUAAAUAGGAAAUUAAAAACUGAUAUGUUACUGAUCUAAUUGCUAUACACCUAUCAAUAUCUUCUUUGGCGGGCACCAAUUUAUCUUGUAUUCCUUCUUUCUUAUCAGUGAAGCCAUUACACAUUUGAAAUGA